AUGGCACCCCUCACUGCAAUCACAUUCCUGUUUGCCAUUAGCGCCGACCUAGUCUACGCCGCACACGCCGGCUUUCAUGUCCAAUUUCCAUGGAUGACUCGCGGACGACCAUCGAUUGAUAGAUACGUUCCUUUUUGUGGGAAGAUAUUGCAUAACCCGCAACGGUACUCCCGCCGAUCCCGCGGUUUCCUCUCGUUUUCAGGCCAUCCUGGGGAUCUUGUGACGGUUCUCUAUACCCGCUAUAGGGUUCCGAGAAAGAGGGAGGACUUCCCCCUCAUCAUUAUGCGAGAUGUACCCAUCCAGCCUUCUGGACAACUAUGUGUGAAUGUCACAAUACCGUUCGAGACAGCUGUUAACGAGAUGGGUGUCAUGUAUUUUGAGGCCAAAGAUCCGAACACGGGCAAUUGGGAACACUAUUGCUCAGACGUCAAGAUGGUCAACAUGAUGGCUCUGCCAGAGGAUCAUCCGGCCAUGUGUGCAGCUAACAAUGAGACGCUUAUCCCUAUGCCAGAUGAGUACCUUUAG